CCUAAUUCUCUUCUUCUCCGAAGCUUUUCGCCGGAGAUGGAUGAUGCAGUGGAAGCAGUGGAGAAGAUCUUGAACUACAGUUUCGUGAACAAGACUCUUCUCAAGGCAGCCUUACCUCAAACGUUCCCUGAAGAUUGUGCUGAAGAAUCAUCUAUUCUAAACAACCGGCUUGAGCUUCUCGGCGACUCCGUUCUCGAGGUCGCCUUCACUAAUUACAUCUACCACGCUUACCCUAAUCUCAAACUCAAUGAGUUGCGUGACUUGCGAAUUGCAAAUGUAAGUAAAGAGAAGCUCGCUCGUGCCGCCGUCAAACACAACCUCCACCGAUACGCCAUACACGAGAAAUGUUCUACUACAGGUGAAAAGUUUAUUGAGGCAGUGAGCAGAGAAGGUGAUCAUGUUCUGUAUAAUGAAUUGGUGAAAGCACCAAAAGGGUUUGCUAAUCUUGUAGAGUCAAUAGCUGGAGCUGUUUAUAUUGAUGUAAAUUAUGAUGUACAAAGACUUUGGGAGAUCUUCAGGGGACUUUUGGAGCCAAUAUAUACACCGGAUGAUUUACGGCUGCAACUUAAACCAUCAUCUCUUGCACUUUUUCGUUUAGCUGAUGAACACGGCAAGCGAAUCGAUUUCAGGUAUUGGAAAGAUGUCGGCAGAGACAAACAUGUUGCUGAGGUAUAUCUUGAUGAUAGAUUUAUAGCUGCUGGGCGUGCUAAAAAUAUACAUAUUGCGAAAGUGCUUGCUGCUGCGGGAGUGUUACAGAAGCUGUCAGAUUGUCUUCCCAUAGGCAACAUUAUUGAUGAGGAUAAUCCCUUAACCGAGGAAAUGACAGAAGAAGAAAUAGUUUUUGAUGAGGAUAGUCCACAUGUAGAACCUGAAGAUGGGAAAGGGAUGUCGUUUGAGAUUUGCUCCACUGAUAAUCUCCAAUUACAGACUGAGUUGUCUUCUUUUCCUUCCACCUUUGAGAACCCUUUAACCGAUGAAAUGGAAAAAGAACAAAUGUUUAUUGAUGAGGAUAGUCCACAUGAUGAACCUGACGACGCGAAAGGGAAGUUGUUUGAGAUUUGUGCCAAUAAUAAGUGGCCGGAUCCGAUUUUCAGUGUUGAAGAAGAAAGCGGGAUAAAAAAUGAGCAGAGAUUUGUUUGUUCAGUUAAGAUUGAGAUCCCAACUAUAGAAGGUUCUUUUCACAUGAAGGGAGAUGUAAAACCAACGAAAAAGCUAGCAGAAAAUUCCUCAGCGAAUCACAUGAUAAAAGCCUUGGAAUCUUCUAUGAUGAGUCUUGUCAUAAGUAAUCUGCAAAUGCCGAAAAGUCUAGAUGAGAACAAGAAGAAUCUGCAAAUGCAAGAAACUUCAGAUGAACACAAGAAUCUGCGUUUAAAGAAGAGGAGAACUACUUAUGAAAUGACACCAAAUGAAAUGGGUACUGGUGAGGAUAGUCUAGGUCUUGAACCUGAAGAUGUGAAAGGGCAGUCGAUUGAGAUUUGCUCCACGGAUAAGCUCCAGACACAGACUGGAUCAUCUUCUUUUCUAACCGCCUCUAAGAACCCCUUAAGCGAUGAAAUGACAGAAGAACAAAUAGUUAUGGAUGAGGAUAGUCCACAUGUUGAACCUGCGGAUGUGAAAGGGAAGUCGUUUAAGAUUUGCUCUACUAAAAAGCUCCAGCAACAGACUGGAUCUUCUUCUUUGCCUACUGCUGCUGAGAACCCGUCAACCUCUGAUAUGACAACAAAACAAAUGGUUGGUGAUAAGGAUAGUCUACAUGUUGAACCCGAAGAUGUGAAAGGGAAGUUGUAUGAGAUUUGCGCAAAUAAUAAUUGGCCGAACCCGGUUUUCAGUGUUGAAGAAGAAAGAGGGCCAGAAAAUGAGCAGAAAUUCGUCUGUUCAGUUAAGAUUGAGAUCCCAACUAUAGAAGGUUCCUUUCACAUGAAGGGAGAUGUAAAACCAACGAAAAAGCUAGCAGAAGUUUCAUCAGCGGAUCACAUGAUAAGAGCCUUGGAAUCUUCUAUGAUGAGUCUUGUUAUAUGUAAUCUGCAAAUGCCGAAUAGUUUAGAUGAGAAGAAGAAGAAUCUGCAAAUUCAAGAAAGUUUAGAUGAAAGCAAGAGUCUGCAUUCAAAGAAGAGGAGAACUACUUAUGAAAUGACACCAAAUAAAAUGGUUACUUGUGAGGAUAGUCUAGAUGUUGAACUUGAAGAUGUGAAAGGGAAGUCAACUGAGAUUUGCUCCACGAAGAAGCUCCAGACACAGACUGGAUCAUCUUCUUUUCAAACCACCUCUGGGAACCCCCUAAGCGAUGAUAUGACAGACGAACAAAUAGUUAUUGAUGAGGAUAGUCCACAUGUUGAACCUGAGGAUGUGAAAGGGAAUUCGUUUGAGAUUUGGUCCACCGAAAAGCUCCAGUUACAGACUGAAUCAUCUUCUUUGUCUGCCGCAUCUGAGAACCCUUUAACCAAUGAAAAGAAACAAGAACAAAUGGUUACUGAUAAGGAUAGUUCACAUGUUGAACCUGACAACGCAAAAGGGAAGUUGUUUGAGAUUUGUGACAAGAAAAAGUGGCCGAGGCCGAUUUUCAGCUUUGAAGUAGAAAGAGGGCCAAAAAAUGAGCAGAAAAUUGUUUGUUCAGUUCAGAUUGAGAUCCCAACAAUAAAAGGUACCUUUUUCAUAAAGGGAGAUGCAAAAUCAAAGAAAAAACAAGCAGAAAACUCAGCAGCUUACCACAUGAGAAGAGCCAUAAGUAAUCUGCAAAUGCCAGAAACAAUUAAUAAGAAGAAGAAAUCAUCUCUCUUUUGCUCAAAGAUGGAUUCUGAUUCAGUGGAAGCAGUGGAGAAGAUCUUGAAUUACAUUUUCAAGAACAAGGAUCUUCUGACUGAAGCGCUAUCGCAAACCUCUUCUCAAUUCAAACGGCUUAUGUUUGUCGGCGAGGCAGCUCUAGAACUCGCCUUCACGAAUCACAUCUACCUCAUGUACCCUAAGUUUGGAGCCAGGGAGAUGAGUCUGUUGCGAAUCGCAAAUACAAGAAACAAAAAUUACGCCCGCGUUGCCGUCAAACACAACAUUUACCAAUUCUUCAUAAGCAAACUCAAGUUAGAUGAAAAGAUUAAAGUGUUCUCAGAGGUGGAGGGCAAAGAGAAUGGCCCAGUUCCUCAAUCGGCGAAACCCCCAAAAGUAGUCUCUGACCUCGUCGAUUCUGUAGCUGGAGCUGUUUUCAUUGAUAUGAAUUUUGAUGUUAAAAGACUCUGGGAGAUCUUCAGGGGUCUUUUCGAGCCACUAUAUACAUUGGAGAAUUUGCGGCUGAGACCUCAACCACUUCGUACCCUUUUUUGUAUGGGUGAUAAGGAAAAUGGAAACAGGACUACUAGCGCUCACAUAGAUCUUGAUGAUGAAUUUAUAGCUCGUGGGAAAAAUGAAAAGACUAGAGAUGCAGCGAAGAUGAAUGCUGCUAAGGAAGCAUUACAGAAGUUAUCAGAAAGUAUGCCCGUUGAAAUAGUUAUGGAGGAGGAUAGACUAGACAUUGAAAUUGAAGAUGCAAAAGACAAGUUGAUUGAGAUUUGCAACAAGAGAAAGUGGCCGAACCCGGUUUACAGUGUUGAGAACUAUGAAAGACCUGGGGGAUUUGUUUGUUCAGCUAUGAUUGAGACUACAACUGAAGAAGGUACGUUAUACGCCAAGGGAGAUAGAAGAAGACGGAGAGAGACAGCAGAGAACUCCUCAGCCACACACUUGUUAAGAGCCUUGGAAUAUUCUCUGAAGGACGAUUUGUAAUGUUAGAUAUGUACUUUUGAGCCACCAUUAGCUUAGAUAUGUACUUUUGAGCCUUGUAAUCGUCUUAUGUGAGAGAAGAAGAGGCUCGGCCUAGUUUCAGCCAACAUGUUACAUGUUUUGUUGUUUUGAUUCAAUAAGUAGACAUCUAAUAAACCAAACCUAGGCUUCAAGUA